UUCCUGAAAUCACCAUAAUAUUUACAAUCUUUUCUACACAUUUUAAUUUAACUACUCAUGUUUCACAACUAAACUGGAAGUGCCUCUGGUCUUUUGUGUGCCCUCCCGCUGCUACACACUUUUGAAUACAUUGUAAAAUACUCAGGAAAUACUGUACUGGUUAGUUAAGUGAAUGAGGGAGCCUUGGUGGCACAGUGGUUAAGCACUCAGCUGCUAACCAGAAGGUCAGAGGUUCAAACCCACCUAUGGCUCCAAGGGAGAAAGAUAAAUAGCCUUGGAAACCCUAUGGGGCAGUUCUAGUCUGUCCUAUAGGGUCUCUGUGAGUGGGAUUCAGUUUGUCUCCAAUGGGUUAAGUGAAUGGUAAUUCUAUCAGGUAGUCCUUUUACUGCUGCUUAUUUUUAUCCUCAUAGGAAGGUUUUCUCCUUGGAGAAGUGAAAGGUGAAGCCAAGAAUAGCAUUACUGACUCCCAAAUGGAUGAUGUUGAAGUUGUUUAUACGAUUGAAAUUCAGAAAUAUAUUCCAUGCUAUCAGCUUUUUAGGUGAAGUAAAUGAGCAAGCACUGAAGAAAAUAUUAUCAAGUGUCAAAAAGAACGUGGUAGGUUGGUACAAAUUCCGACGUCAUUCAGAUCAGAUUAUGACGUUCAGAGAGAGACUGCUUCACAAAAACUUACGGAAGCAUCUUUCAAACCAGGAACUUCUUUUUCUGCUACUAACACCAAGUAUAACAACAGAAAGCUGCUCUACUCAUCGAUUGGAGCAUGCCUUACAUAAACCUCAAGAAGGACUUUUUCAUAGGGUACCUUUAGUGGUCGCCAAUCUGGGCAUGUCUGAACAACUGGGUUAUAAAACUGUGUCAGGUUCCUGUAUGUCCACUGGUUUUAACCGAGCAGUAAAAACACACAGCUCUGAAUUUUUUAAAGAAGAUGGAUCUUUAAAGGAGGUACAUAAGAUAAAUGAAAUGUAUGCUUCGUUACAAGAGGAAUUAAGGAGUAUAUGCAAAAAAGUGGAACACAGUGAGAGAGCAGUAGAGAAACUACUGGAAGAUGUAAACAGAUUAAAACAAGAAAUUAAAAAGAGAAAACAAGCACAGAUCCAAGUAGCAGGAGAGAAGAAUGUCCCAGAGGAACCUCAGGAGAACACUUUUCUUUGUCAAGCUUUACAGACCCUAUUUCCAGAUUCUGAAUUUCUUCAUUCAUGUGUUAUCUCUUUGAAAAACAGGCACAUUUCUAAAAGUUGCUGUAACACCAACCACCAUCUUGAUAUGGUAGACAGACUGACCUUAAUGGUAGAAUACACUGACGUUCCUGAAUCUAGUCAAGCUUGUACACAGCAAAUAAUUAAGCGUAAAGCAUUAGACAUGGGUGAUGGAUGGCAAUUCAAGAAAUCACGGCUGCUGGAGAUACAAAACAAACAAUCUAAAACUGAUACUGAUAGUAGUAACCAAGAAAAAGCAUCCACAGUGAGCAGUCCAGAAACUGAUGAAGACAUUGAGAAAAUGAAGGGUUCUGGUGAAUAUCCACAGUCUCCUACAUUUUAAUCCUUUUAGGCAAAAAAGGAGAUUUUUGAUUGGCUGAAGGGUAAAGCCAAACAUUUCUAUUGUUUUUAUUAUGUUGUGCUAUUUGCAGUAAUAAAUUCUAAUUCAUGUAUUUUAUAAAGUACUUUUUGAAACAUCAGAAGCUUUUAAAAUCAAACCUUUUUUGCUUCUAAAAUGUUUAAAUAGAUGCAUUCUUCUAAGUUUGUACAGCAUUCUUUAGAAUUGGAAAAGAUAAACUAACAUUUUCACAAUGUAGAAAGAAGUUAAUAUGAAAAUUUAUUUUUACCUAAGUCAUUGAAGUUCCUAUUCCUUAAGUGAUGGUAAAUAGUACAUUAUGGCUAGGGUUGGCAGAUGAAACACUGGAUACCAUGCAGUAUUUGGGACAUAUACUAAAAAAUUCAUUGUUUCAGCUUUUUAUUUUUGUAUAUUAUCUAGGAAAUAACUGAUAAAGCUAUGUAUAAAUGAAAGUAAUGAGUAAUGACAAUUUAAUGGUUUAUCUGAAAUUCAAAUUUAACUGGGUGUCCUGUGUUAUUAUUUGCUAAAUCUGACAUCCCCUAAUUAUGGCACAGCUAGAAUGCAACACAAACAGCAGUCUAUCCCUGGUCUAAAGUCCUCCCUACACAAAAUUUGAGUAUGGUGUUUCAUUCUGCUGUACAAAGGGUUGCUAUGAGUUGCAGCUGACUGGACAGCACCUAACAUAAGCCUAAUCCAACAUGUUUAGGAUCAGCAGUUGGCUAGUUAAAGUACGGAAUCAAGGACGUUAUGUGUGUGUAUAUAUACAGAUACAUAUAUGUGUAUGUGUGUGUGAACGUAUAUCACAAAGAUUUUAACAAAGUAGAAAUGUACAUUUAUUUGCCAACCUUUUGGUAUAGAGCCAGGAUUCUAAAAGUAAAAGUUCACUGAUUGGAGUUCCUAUGUAAAUCAUACUCAUUACUCAGCCUUUAUAAUUACCAGUUUUGGUUUCUUUCAAGUAAAGUAAGAAGUUAAACUUGCAGAACAGCCUAAGUGUAAAAUGUAAGUAGGUUUUUCAUUUUCAUAGCACCCUCCCACCCCAAUCUUUGAGUUGUCUUAGCCACAGCUAAUUUGAAAACUUUUUUAAAGCUAGUUAUCAAGUCUUCCCAAAGCAUUCACUUAGUUUUCAUGCCAACAGUAACUAUUCUUUUAUGAUUCUUGGCAAUGCAGAACUCACCAGUAGGAGAGUCACAGGCUUCAGUAUGAUUUUUAGGGAGGAUAUAAAGACCUAAUUUAAUCCGGUUAGCUGGUUAGGAGCUUUUACUGUACAUGCAGAUGUGUUCAUGUCUUUUCCACAACUGUGCUGUAUAUGCAGAUGUAAUUAAUGUCUUCUCCACACUUAGAAGAAUUUCCCAUUAAGGGUACAAUAUUCAUAUGCCUACAAGACGACCAGUUAUUGACUAUUAUUCAAAUUUACACACCAACCACUAAGGCCAAAGAUGAAGAAAUGGAAGAUUUUUAUCAACUUCUGCAGUCCG